AUGGUUUUACUUCAGAAUUGCUCAGUGCAUGGACCUUCUGCGCUGUGCGGUCAGAGGGAGUACUUCCUGGUUAACACUGUGAAGAAUGCGGACGAAGCCAGAGAACACUGCAGAUCUCUGUACACAGACCUGGUGAGCAUCACAAGCCAAGACGUGCUCCUGGAUAUCGAACAGCUGAUGAACAAAGACACUUCCAAUACCGACUACUGGAUAGGACUGAGGAGGGACGGUGGGUCUUGGGGCUGGGGAAACGGGGAAACUUUCAGCUACAGCAACUGGGGAGAGACAUGGAGCACUUCAGACUGUGUGACGAUCAAGACCUCUUAUUGGAAUUUUGGGGCAUGGCAGGUGAACAACUGCAAUGACAACAAGAAGUUCAUCUGCUACAAAGAUCUACAGAACACCACCACUGUUCAGUCUGACUCUCAGAACUCUCCAACCACCGGGGCAGCCACUUCCCAAACACCAGAUGGAGGAGAACAAUCCCAGCAGCCUUCCACGAUGGGCGGCACCUCUCCUCGAGCCAGCUCCCCUGGACACUCAAGCUCCUGGCUCUCUGGCACUUCACCCGCAGUAACAGUCACUCCAGUCCCUGAGGAGCUCCACCUGAUCUCUGACAGUAUGGUCUGGCCGGAGGCUUGGCAGUACUGCAGGGAUCACUACACUGACCUAGUGAGCCUCACAAGCCUGGCUGCACAGAACAGAGUGUCGGAGCUCGUCAGGAACAGCACUGCGUCGCGAUACUGGAUCGGCCUGCACAGAACCGUGGUGUAUGAUAAAUGGUACUGGGUUGCUGGUAAGGAUAAGAGGGCCCCCCUAAACUACACUAACUGGGCCCCUGGGGAGCCCAACAAUCCUUACUAUGAGCACUGCGGAGAGAUGGUGCUGAGGGAGGAUGGGGGGGCUGAGUGGAAUGAUCUGUGCUGCUAUGAAAAGCUCCCAUUUAUCUGUUUCAAAGGUUAA